UCGUGUCAAAAUCUUAAUUUCUAAUUCGUGUCAUGUUGGGAAAUCCGUAGGUUUUGAAUUCAGUUUUGUUGAAUUCUAAUGGUUUAAUUAUAUUGUGAACGUAAAAUAUUUUCUAAGACUGUGACUAUGAUAACGUAUAUAUAAUUCUGUUCCAAACACUAAUAUAUCGAAUUUGAUUUUAUCAUUAUGUUAUCGAACAAAAUGCAACUAUCACUGGAUGAUUUGGUCCAAUAUACUCAGCUGUUCAAGCCUGUGGCUACUAUUUUACAAGGAACAGUGCUGCCGUUUAUGGUAAUUUAUCCAAUAAUAUUCUACUGCUGGAUAUUCGUGUACGGAUUCGACGAUAACUUCGAAGCGGGGUUCGUCAUAGUAGCAGUUGUAGCUACCAUACAAAUCCUCAUUUGCCUGUGUUGCUACUGGAGCGUUCACAUACAUUGCUUCCUGUCGUGUUCACCGGUAAAAGACCCUUUGCAAGCUGAAAUUGUCAAAGUUGUGCCAACAGCUAAUAAUGGAUUUUCAGAGAUAGUAAAGCUUCAUCAUACAAAGCCUAUAAAAAAAGACAGUUCAACUCCUGAUGUGUGGUUUAUUUUUCAAAAAAGUAAAUACAUAUACAAUUGGGACAAGAAACAGUUCCAUACAGUUGAAUUUCCUGAUAACAAAACAUAUGAAGAAUAUAUGGAAUCUAAAGGUUAUGCUGAUGAUGAAUCAAUAGAAGUAGCAGAGAAAGAAUAUGGCAAAAAUGAAAUGAUUAUGGCUGUACCAGAGUUUAUGGAACUAUUUAAGGAGAGGGCUACAGCUCCAUUUUUCGUUUUCCAAGUAUUUUGUGUUGCCUUGUGGUGUUUGGACAAGUAUUGGUACUAUUCAAUCUUCACUCUAUUUAUGUUGAUCAUGUUUGAAUGCACACUAGUUCAGCAGCAGUUAAGAAAUAUGGCUGAGAUAAGAAAAAUGGGCAACAAACCUUAUAACAUAAAUGUAUAUAGAAACAGAAGGUGGCGUCAGAUUAUAAGUGACCAGUUGUUGCCAGGGGACAUAGUGUCCUUGACACGUUCACUUAAUGACAAUUUGGUUCCUUGUGACAUUGUUCUUUUAAGAGGAUCAUGUAUAGUUGAUGAGUCUAUGUUAACUGGUGAGAGUGUUCCACAAAUGAAGGAAUCUAUAGAAAAUGCUAAAGAUUUGAAACAAAAUUUAGAUAUUAAAGGGGAUGGGAGACUGCACAUGUUGUUUGGAGGCACUAAAAUAGUGCAACAUUCAUCACCCAAUAAAACCCCAUCGUCCGGCCUCAAAGCCCCAGACAAUGGUUGUAUAGGUUAUGUUGUACGUAAUGGAUUUAAUACAUCACAAGGAAAGCUGUUACGAACAAUUUUAUUUGGUGUCAAAAGAGUUACAGCAAACAAUCUUGAGACAUUCGGGUUCAUUAUGUUUUUGUUAAUAUUCGCAAUUGCGGCUGCAGCGUACGUGUGGAUAAAAGGUUGCGAGGAUCCACUCAGGAACAGAUACAAACUAUUUUUGGAAUGCACCCUAAUACUAACGUCAGUUGUACCUCCAGAACUGCCGAUAGAAUUAUCGUUGGCUGUUAACACUUCAUUAUUGUCGUUAUCUAAGCUAGCUGUAUUUUGUACUGAACCAUUUAGAAUACCUUUUGCCGGCAAGGUCGAAAUCUGUUGUUUCGACAAAACUGGUACCUUGACGAGUGAUAAUUUAGUGGUAGAAGGUGUAGCAGGCAUAGGAGACCACAAAGAUGCUACAGUUAUACCUCUGUCGGAAGCUCCAAUGGAGACUGUACAAGUCUUGGCCUCUUGCCAAUCAUUAGUUCAACUUGAUGACGGAAUUGUAGGUGAUCCGUUGGAGAAAGCCACGUUAAAAGCCGCUGAAUGGAAUCUUACCAAAGGGGAUGCUGUUGUGCCAAAGAAAGGGAAAUCGCCUGGUUUAAAAAUUGUACAUAGAAAUCAUUUUUCGAGUGCUCUCAAAAGAAUGUCUGUAGUCGCUGGAUAUCAGGUUAACGAAAGAGGAUUUAUAGAGACCCAUUAUAUAACUAGUGUAAAAGGAGCACCAGAAACAGUGAAAACUAUGCUGAAAGAAGUUCCUAGCCAUUAUGAUCAUGUGCAUUUAACGUUAUCUAGAAGAGGUGCGAGAGUUCUAGCCUUAGGAUAUAGGAAUUUAGGAAAAUUGUCCUCGCAAGAAAUAAGAGACCUAUCUCGAGAAGAUGUCGAAUCCGAUUUGACGUUUGUUGGUUUCGUCAUAAUAUCGUGUCCGUUGAAAAGUGAUUCGAAAAAAGCGAUAUCUGAGAUCAUCCAUGCCUCACAUUCUGUUGUGAUGAUAACUGGUGACAAUCCUCUGACUGCAUGCCAUGUCGCAAAAGAGUUGAAAUUUACCCAAAAAAGUGAUGUAUUGAUUUUAAGUGAAAAAGACGAUGGAUGGAAUUGGAAAUCUAUCAACGAAACAGUGGAACUGCCAGUGCAGCCGUUUAAAACGGCUAAAGAACUAACCUCGAAGUAUGAUCUGUGUAUAACUGGAGAGGGUCUCACAUUUCUGAAUAAAAAUCACCACAAGUUUUUGCUCGGAAUCAUUCCGUACGUAAAAGUUUUUGCAAGAUUCGCGCCAAAGCAAAAGGAAUUCGUUAUAGUUACAUUGAAAUCUCUUGGAUACGUGACGCUUAUGUGCGGCGAUGGUACUAAUGAUGUUGGUGCACUAAAACAUGCAGAUGUGGGCGUAGCGAUCUUAGCGAAUGCACCCGAACGCCAAAAGGAAAAACGCGAAGAACGUCGUCCUGAACCUGUGGCGCCACGCCGAUUGCCGCCCGCACUCAACGCCCGAGCGGAAGCUAGGGCCGAAGCCAUGCGAAGAGCCAUGCAAGAGUUGGAAGAAGAUGAUCAACCGCAGAUUGUACGGCUAGGUGACGCUAGUGUAGCUGCUCCGUUUACAAGCCGUCUAUCCAGCAUUCUUAGCAUUUGUCACAUCAUCAAGCAGGGACGUUGCACACUAGUGACAACUCUCCAAAUGUUCAAGAUAUUGGCUCUCAACGCGUUGAUAUUAGCGUACAGCCAGUCGGUGCUAUACCUCGACGGCAUUAAGUUCAGUGACACGCAAGCGACGCUUCAGAGUUUACUUCUAGCCUCGUGUUUCCUCUUCAUAUCGAGAUCCAAGCCGCUGACAAAGCUGUCAAAGCAGCGCCCUCUACCGAACAUAUUCAACGUAUACACAAUAAUGACUGUGCUCGCACAAUUUGCAGUGCACUUCCUAUGCCUGGUAUAUUUAGUUCGUGAAGCUACGCUAAGAUCACCUGAAAGGGAUACAACACCAAAAUUGGACAUGGAUUUGGCAGAGGAUGAAGACCGUGUUUUUACUCCCGAUCUCCUCAACAGUACAGUUUAUAUAAUUUCAAUGGCGCUACAAGUUUCAACGUUUGCAAUCAACUAUAGGGGUGAGCCGUUCAUGGAGGGUCUGAAAGACAACAAGCCUCUGUUGUUCAGUAUAUUGUUGUCGGGUGGCACUGUUCUGGCGCUGGCCACUGGGAUGGUACCUGACCUGACAAACGCAUUCGAAAUAGUCUACUUUCCACCAGAUUACCGGGUAAUCGUGGUGCAAGUUCUCAUAGCGGACAUGUUGUUCGCGUAUCUAGUUGACCGAGUAUGUUUGUGGUUGUUCGGCGACGCGCGCAUCAACACUGUCUCAUAGCGUCGGCAAGUACGUUUCGCGCCACAAAAGUUGAGCCGACGACAUGGUCGGUAUUAAGGUGCGGUGCGGUGCGUUGCGGUGGGCGAAGCGAGCGCACCGUCUUACGCAUGCCGAACGUCAAACUAGCAUCAAACUUGCGCUUAGUCAUUACGAUCAUUUUAAUAGACUUAAUAUUUUGUUAUUAAUUUAUAAUAAUAUAAAGGCCAAAAAUAAUGUUAUUUAUAAAUAAUUCUUAAUGCUGGCUACAUUAACAGACUCUUAUCACUGUCUGUAAAUAACCACUCUUUGAGACCUUUAUGAGCUGAUACAAAAAAAAAAAAAGUUACGUACCUUUCAUUUCAU